AUGGCACCUCAUAUCCUGGGCUCCUCUCCUGACAUCGAGAGUAGACCGACGUACAAUGAAGUGACUAAACCGCUAUAUUCUCCGAAGACAAGAGAUAGUGAUCUCAGAACGGAGCUUGCAUUCCUUUUUCGAGAAAACAACAUCGCAAAGCUCAUCGACGUUGCCGAAGCGCUCCUUGAACGCGAUGGCUCUCCUAUACGCUUUCCAGAGACUGUGCCACAAACGGGUACCAAUCAGGGAGUCUACAGAUGUCGAGACGCCGAGUUCUGGACUUGCGGGUUUUUCCCUGGCAGCCUUUAUUGUUUGCUUGAACGCAUGAGGAAGCAUCCAGGAGCGAGUUUGUCCGGCCUAUCAAUCCUCUCGAAGGGACCACAGGAGGCGUGCACCGGAACUGCGACCAGAGGAGUUCAUAUCCAUGAUAUCCUUGUUUCUCACAUUACCACCCUGUGCGGGAAAUGGUCCGAGCCCUUGCACGCUAUGUCUUUUCGCAAGGAUACCCAUGACCUCGGGUUUAUCAUCCAACCUGCCCUCCAAAGAGACUGGGAGCUCUUCGGGAGCAAAAGGAGCCUAGAGUCUGUCCUUACUGCAGCGGAAAACCUUGCCAGUAGGUUUGACGAGCAAGUCGGCGCCAUCCGGAGCUGGGAUCGAUUUUCCAAUGCGUGUCACGAGAUCACGAGCAUGGAGGAUGAUUUCCUGGUGAUCAUUGAUAGUCUCUGCAAUCUUGACCUCCUCUUCUACGCCGGAAACUAUCUCCGCUCUAAACGUCUCCUUUCCAUCGCCGAAACUCAUGCUUCCACCCUCCUGUCCAGUCAUCUCCGGCCGGAAUUCGGGCCCGACGGAGAGACCUUCUACUCUACAUAUCAUGUUGUGAACUUCUCUCCAACGCAGAACGGGGCUGUGAAGCAGAAGCUCACCGCGCAAGGCUACUCCGACAACUCGACGUGGGCCCGUGGUCAAGCAUGGGCAAUCUUGGGAUACGCUCAAACCUUUGCGUGGACCAAACGACAGGAACACCUCAACGCUGCCAAGAGCCUCGCAGACUAUUUCAUUUUCCGCAUGGAGACAUCGCCAUCAAUUGUGGAACAGGGAGGUCGAGGGCGUUACGUCCCACUUUGGGAUUUCGAUGCGCCCAUUACCAACACAAGCACGAACGGUGAACAAUGCCCUCUACGGGAUGUUUCUGCAGGAUUAAUCGCCGCCAAUGGCAUACUCAUUCUAUACGGACAACUAACAGGCAUGGGCGACCAUGCCACGGCCAAACGGUAUCUAGAAUAUACGCUUGCGAUCGCAAAAGACACUGUUGCACUGGCGUAUAAUCGGGAUGAGAUGCAGUUGAGUCUUUCUGAACAGGAUGGUAAGAUACGGAUCGCAACACGGGAAGUUGGAAAUGGCUGCCGCUUUGAGGCAGUAUUGGAGAAAUCGACUGCGAAUUACAAUGCUAAUCAUGCAGAUCGUCAUUGGGACCAUGGCCUGGUGUAUGCAGAUUACUACUUUCUUGAGCUUGGAAAUCGCCUAUUAGACAUGGGCUUAGUUUAG